UGCUCUCAUGUUACUAAAAGCAUAUAGUUUUAACAAAGAAACUGAUAAGCAAUCGUUGUUUGAGUUCAAGUCUCAAGUUCCUGAAGAUAAAAGAAUAAAAUUGUCCUCGUGGAACAACUCAUUGCUUCUUUGCAACUGGACCGGGGUUACAUGUGGUCGCAAACACAAGAGAGUUACUGGUUUGGAUAUUGGAGGAUUACAAUUAGGCGGGGUGAUUUCACCAUCUAUUGGUAAUCUUUCCUUUCUCAUAUCACUUAAUCUCUCAUACAACUCUUUUGGUGGUACCAUCCCUCAAGAGAUGGGAAACUUGUUUGGACUUCAAAGCUUGUUUAUAUCAUUUAAUUUUCUCCAAGGAAAGAUUCCAGCUAACCUAUUUAACUGCUCUAGAAUGUUUGAGCUUGAGUUAUUUUCAAAUUCUCUUGGAGCACAUAUUCCUUCAGAGCUAGGGUCAUUGAAAAAGCUUGUUUAUUUAGAACUUGGCCGAAACAACCUAAAAGGAAAGCUCCCUGCAUCUCUAGGAAACUUGACAUCCCUUAGUGAUCUUGGCUUUGGAGGUAAUAACAUGGAAGGACAAAUUCCUAAUGAUAUAGCUCGAUUGACUCAACUGAUCUAUCUUGAUCUAUCAACAAACCAUUUUUCUGGUUAUUUGAACAUCUUCAGUAAUAAUUUCUCUGGGAGCCUGAGGCCUGAUUUUGGUUAUUUAUUACCAAACUUUCGAGAGCUGUAUUUAGGAAAUAAUAUUUUCACUGGAGUCAUUCCAACAACACUUCCCAACAUCUCUAGUCUUCAAAUGCUGGGAAUGGAGUAUAAUAGUCUAACAGGAAACAUUCCUCUGAACUUUGGAAAAGUGCGGGAUUUGCAAAUCCUAGCAUUUAAUCAAAAUUCUUUGGGAAGCUCUUCUGCUGGAGAUCUUGACUUUCUUGGUGCCUUAACUAACUGCACCCAAUUCAAUACUUUAGUUGUGUCUUACAACAAGCUUGGGGGUGAUUUGCCCACCACCAUUGCCAAUUUGUCCAUCAAGCAUAGGCACAUCUUUGCUUUUGUUGUUGUUUAUAGCUUCAGUUUCUCUCUGUUGGUA